AUGUCGUGCCAGAACCCUCGCCGCCGGUCCCCUGUGACCCGCGUCGGCGACGCUUCCAGCAAUGGCCUCACCAGCCUUAAGACCAACAUGACCCUGCGCAAGGGUGCCACCUUCCACUCGCCCACCUCUCUCGACUCUUCAUCCAUCGACGCCUUCAUCCCCCCAGCUCUUGGUCGGUCGCAGACCAACCUUGAAGACGUUGUCGGCGCCCACGUCCGCCGCAUGGAGAUGAUCGUCAGCGGUAUCGAGACAUCACUCAAUCUGAAUGAUACCCCAAGGCCCGCCUCCAAGCCUUCGCGUGACGAGUGCCUGCCUCGCACAAACGGCUUCCUCGGCCGCCCUACUGUCGACCCCGCCAUGGCAAAAGACACCAAGACCAGUGGGGAGCGCCGCGUCCUGCGCCCAAGACAUCGUCGCUCAUCGGAGCAGCACGCUUCAGACAGCGGUCUCGGCACCUCUCUGGCCUCUUCCGUCGAGAAGCAAGCCCCCAGCAUCACCUCCAAGACCAGCAAGGCAUCCGCCAUUACGCGCUCGGCUGCCGCUCCGUCCAACACCAUGACCAAGGUCUCUGGUCUGAGCUCCAAGGCGGUCAGCCGUGUUCACGAACACGUUCUUCGCCCCCUUCGUGCCAAGCCCGAGCUGAAGGACUUUGAGCCCAUCGUCCUGGACAUUCCCAGGCGCAUUCGUGACAAGGAAAUCAUCUGCCUCAGGGAUCUUGAGAAGACUUUGAUCUUCAUGGCACCGGUAAGUCAACUCUUGUAUCAACGCAGCGUUUGGGGAGAUACUUAUCGGUCGUUGAUGAAGGAGAGGGCCAAGACCGCCGCCUUGUACCUCGAUUUCUGCCUGACGUCUAUUCGAUGCAUUCAAGCCACCGUCGAAUAUCUCAGCGACCGCGAACAAACUCGACCGGCCGACCGACCAUACACUAACGGAUACUUCAUCGAUCUCGUCGAACAGAUUCGCCAAUACGCCGGACAACUUGCCACUGCCAAGGAAGCCGGAGUGGAGGGGCGUGAGAUGGACGUCGACCCCACCGACGAGGUCAAGCUGUUCGGUGGCAUCUCGCAGAACGGCCGCCCCGCCGAGCUUGUCCGCGUCAGGAAGGACGGUCAAGCCAUCUCCAUGGCCACCGGCCUCCCCGUUGACAUGGAUGAGGACGGCAAGGAUUUCCCCAGACUGAAGCGCUCCCUGAGCCAGCAGCUGGCGGACGACGAAGAGAUCAUGCGGUCCAUGGCUCGUAGGAAGAAGAACGCUACGCCGGAGGAGCUCGCUCCCAAGAAAUGCCGUGAGCCUGGCUGCAACAAGGAGUUCAAGCGUCCCUGUGACCUGACCAAGCACGAGAAGACCCAUUCUCGUCCCUGGAAGUGCCCCGUCAAGACCUGCAAGUACCACGAGUAUGGCUGGCCCACCGAGAAGGAGAUGGACCGCCAUCACAACGACAAGCACUCCUCAGCGCCCCCCAUGCACGAGUGCCUAUUCAAGCCUUGCCCUUACAAGUCGAAGCGCGAGUCAAACUGCAAGCAGCACAUGGAGAAGGCCCACGGAUGGCAGUACGUCCGCACCAAGACCAACGGCGGCAAGAAGGCGCCCAGCGUUGCUGGAAGCUCGGCACAGCCGACCCCUCAGCUCGGCAACAUGGCAACGCCCUCGAGCAGCCACAGCAUUGCUACGCCGCCCGAGGAGAGCACCAGCCUCUUCCCGCCUUUCAACCACGACGACUUCCCUCACUACGUCCCGGCCGAGGAGUUUGCUGACACCUGCCUCGGACCCAUGGGACAGCCGCCCAUGACGCUCGAGGGUAUCGACUUCAACGACCUCGGCGUGUCUCCCACUGACUACAACACCCCUUCUACCGACACAUCCUACCCAUACACCUCCUACCAGGAUGGACCCGAGUUUGUCAUCAACAACGAUGACAUUUACGGCGCCCAUGUCCAGAUCCCGACGCCCACGUGGCCUGAAAAGAUGAUGGCCGGCAUGCAGAACUACGUCCCAGUGUCUGCUUGCGAACCUCAGAUGAUGCCCGAACAGCUCGCCCCACACAUCUCCCCGAUAGGUCAAGGGAAUGCCAUGCUCUUCACGCCCAACUCGUUGGCCGAGGUCGACGAAGGCUUUGAUGAUUUUGGCGGUUGUGGUGACGAUUUCACCUUGUUCCCCGUCAACGGGCUCGACAAGGACGCACAGUUCCAGACUCUCUUUGGCAGCGAGAUGCCCAGCAGCGGCCUCGGCUUGUCUCAGGGCGCCUCCCAGGACUUCUUUGGGAACGGCAUGGACUGGUCCAGCAUGGACUACCACACCUACUCCCAGCAGCCCCAGCACCAGCAGUAG